ACCAUUAGCUAUUUUACUAUUCAAAAAAAUUUCCACUUUCUAAUUAACAAAAAUAAAAAUUACGCAUUUGUUCUUCUUCGUCUUCUCUCCUCCUCUCUAUGUGCCCUCCCUCUGUUGAAAAAAAAAAAAAAAAAACAAAAAGUCUUCAAUUUUCCAUAUUCUUCUCCUCUGAUUCCUCAAUUUCAUACUCUAAAAAAUCGAAAAAUCUCACCUUUAUUGUUUUCUCGCCGGAAAAAUCGCCUGAGUUUCAAGAAAGUUUGGUUUUUUGAAGUUUUGAUCUCGGAGAAGUAAUAAAGACUAUAAUUCACGAUUUGGGUUUGUGUUGAUUUGGAGAGUUUUGAGUGUCUUGUGGAAGAGAAAUGAUAGAUAUCCCUGGAACACCAGGGACUUUGACUGGUCUUGUCUUAAGAAUUUCUCAGUGUGUUUUUGCUGCUGGUUCGAUUUCGUAUAUGGUUACUUCUGGUGGAUUCUUCAGCUUCACUGCUUUCUGCUAUCUAAUUGCAGCAAUGGGUUUGCAAGUCAUAUGGAGUUUCGGUCUUGCGAUACUAGACACAUUCGCCUUAGUGAGAAAGAAAACGCUUCUUAGUCCGGUUUUAGUCAGCCUAUUUGUAGUUGGAGAUUGGGUAACAUCGACAUUGUCACUAGCAGGAGCAUCAUCAUCCGCGGGAAUAACGGUUUUAUACUUUGGCGAUUUAGGAAGCUGCAGUUUUGAAGCAGAGUGUUGGAAAUACCAACUCUCUGUAGCUUUAGCUUUCCUUUGUUGGAUCACAAUCGCCAUUUCUUCGCUUACUACACUCUGGUUACUUGCUUCCGCGUAAGUAAAACCGAAAAACUCUCUGUACAAUUUUCAUAUAUAUAGAAAAAACAAAACUCAUUUGAGAUUUUUGAUUCUUUGUUUUGUUAAUAGAAUACCAUUACACCAUUUUUAAACUCUCAGUGUAUAAAGAUUACUCUUGUUUAUGAAAUUAUGAAAAAAUGCUCUCAUUUUUAUUAAA